GUAGCCAAUCCAGUCAAAGAACAAUGGCACUGUUCUUUCUGUCGGUCUUCUCCGACUCUCAGUGGUAUUGGUUCAACUAUCUGGUGUGAAAUGUCUGAUACAGACCUUCGUAUUGGCGGAAAUGGUCAUAACCAUCAUCUCUUGAGAUCAUUCUGAGCUCGUUUUUUAAAUUUUUUUAUACAGGUUCCUGUCUACAAAAAGGUAUACAGUAUGUAUUUUGUAUAAAAGUAGCCUAAAUGAACGAAGGUCCAUACCCCUUUAAGGGAACGCCAGGGCCUAGUAGUCUAGUUUUUAGAGCCAGGGUGUGGCCUCGGAUUACAUUCAUCGUACCUCUUUCACUUGCAUUCUGAGCUCUGAGAGAUCUGAUACGAAAGCUGAAGACAUAGAUAUCUGAAAGUUGGGAUCUAUUAUGUGUCACAGCGAAACUAAACGCGUUUGAUCCCGUUUUAGCGAUUCGCAUUUCCGAGUCGAGUCAUUGUUACCAGAAACGCUUUGCGUGUUAUUAUAAAGUGAUUCAUUAAUUUUUCUACCAGCAGCGCGAAGAAAGAGCUCCCCCGCCCCGAUUGAGGGCCUCUGUGAUGGUUUUCUUUAAGACCAAUUGUCAGGCACAGCAGACUUGGAGAGUCUAUUUUUGGCGACUAUUUCGGAACACUGGAGUUAAAGCAUUUGCAGAGGCAGGGGAAGAAAGUCAGUGCUCUACACUUUUAACUAUGGAACUCUUUGGGCUGUUGAAGAUGCAGUUCAUUUGUCAUUUCUUCAUCUGUUAUGUGUUUCUAGUCAGUGGGCUCAUAGUCAACUUCUUGCAGCUCUGCACACUGCCAUUGUGGGGAAUUAACAAACAGCUGGCUCGCAAGGUCAACUGUAGACUGGCAUACUGUAUCUGCAGCCAGAUGGUGGCACUACUGGAAUGGUGGUCUGGGACAGAAUGUACACUGUACACUGAUCCUGAAUCCUACCCCUUCUUUGGCAAAGAAAAUGCAAUUGUUAUCCUCAACCAUAACUUUGAGAUUGAUUUUCUGUGUGGUUGGACCUUCUGCGAAAGGUUUGGUGUGUUAGGGAGCUCAAAAGUGCUGGCAAAGAAAGAACUUGCAUAUGUGCCUGUAAUUGGCUGGAUGUGGUACUUUCUGGAGAUUGUCUUCUGUAAAAGGAAAUGGGAAGAAGAUCACAAAACAGUCGUGCAGAGCCUUCAGCGCCUUAAGGAUUAUCCAGAGAACUUCUGGUUCCUUCUAUACUGUGAGGGCACUCGCUUCACUCAGAAGAAACACAAGAUUAGUAUGGAAGUGGCAGAGAAAAAAGGACUUCCCAAACUCAAGUACCAUCUCUUGCCUCGCACCAAGGGUUUCUGUGUUACUGUUCAGCACCUAAGGGGAACAGUUACUGCUGUGUACGAUUCUACACUCAAUUUCAGAAACAACCAAAUACCAACCUUAACAGGAGUACUAAAUGGGAAAAAGUACAAUGCUGAUUUAUAUGUGAGGCGGAUUCCACUGGACUUAAUCCCAGAGAACGAGUCUGAAUGUGCCCUCUGGCUCCACAAACUUUACCAGGAAAAGGAUGAGUUGCAGGAAAAAUACAGUCUGACUGGUUGUUUCCCUGGCCCCACACUGACCCCCCCCCGCCGCCCCUGGGCCUUGCUCACCUGGCUGUUUUGGAUCUGGCUUCUACUCUUUCCCCUCUGUCUAAUACUGCUGCAGUUGUUCCACUCGGGGUCAGCUUUCACCGUUUUCACUACAGUUGUCCUGUGCUUUGCAGCCUCACUUGGUGUUCGCUGGAUGAUAUCCCAGACAGAGAUUAACAAGGGCUCAAGUUAUGGAAACAAAGAGGGUCAGCUUAAUAACAGUGCCUAAGGGAGCAAAGUCACCAACAAGGACAGCAGAACGUCGAUAACAUCAGCAGCAUGUAUCCCAGAGAUCAAGAGCGACCAAGAGCAGUUUUCAACAAAUAAAGAGGGUAACACCCAAGUGGACCAAGACAUUGGCAGCUGUUCAGGUUAAGGGAGUGUGAAUCCUCAAAAUGGAAAAGAGAACAGGAUGUAACAAUUUGAAACGAGAACCAAUGAAACAGAAAUUGUGUGCUAAUGCUGCCAAGCAGUUUUGAAAUUGUUUUGAAAUCAGUUUUGAAAUCAUUUUUGUCCUGAAAAUGUUUUUGUAAAAAGAUGCAGUAAGCCAUUAAAUAAAAACUGACCUGUUUAUUAA